UUGUUUACUAAAUCAAAUUGAAAUCCCUAAAACAAAAUUACAAAAUCCCCAAAAUCGAGCGAGCUUCCGAAAAAUCCCAAUUCGAAGAACUCCGACCCCGAAAAAAAUCUCCGAUUUCUGAAAAAAAUUUGUCGACAAUUCGUUAUAACUUGGCCUCUAAUUUUGGAGUCUCUUUCUGGGCUUUUCUGGGCUCCUACGUGCGACAUCGGCUCUUCACAGACUUCAUUGCUCUGUUCUAAUCACGUUUUGUCUUUGUGACCUUGUGAGUGACAAGUUUGCUUCUUUGUGUUCAAGAUUGUUUUGCUAGGUUGUGUUCUGUGUUAAGAGCUGCUGUACUGAGAUAAUCUGAAGAAAUCAUUAAUAGCAGGAAAGAAUUAGGACAAGGCGAGGAAAGUUUAAGAAAAUAACAUGAAUGUUCAGGCUCACAUGUCGGGACAACAACGUUCUGGGCAGUCUCCAAACCAAGGGAAUAACGGGAACUCUCAAAUGCAGAACUUAGCUGGUCCUGGUGGUAGCGUAGGGCCUUCACGUAGCACCGUUGGUCCAAUGGACCAUGAUGUUUUAAAACUAAGGCAGUACAUGCAAAUCCUUGUGUUUAACGUUUUACAGCAACGGCAACCAUCUCCGGCUGAUGCUGCAUCAAAGGCAAAGUAUAUAGAUGUUGCUAGACGCUUAGAGGAGGGGCUGUAUAAGAUGGCUAUCUCAAAGGAGGAUUACUUGAACAGGUCAACCCUUGAGUCUCGGAUUACAAGCCUAAUAAAAAACAGACACCUGAAUAACCACAAUCAGCGACAUGCUAAUCCUUCUUCGGUUGGACCGAUGAUACCUACUCCAGGAUUAUCACACGCUGGGAGUAAUCCUAGUUCGAUGGUUAGACCCUCUGCUAAUGCUACAGUAGCUGGAAACAACAACAACAGCACAAGUACAGCUGUGAAUACUGAAAACGUUCGACCUGCUGGUGGCAUGCAUGGAGGUAAUAUGUCUAAUGGAUACCACCAACAUUCAUCGAGAAACUUUUCUCUUGGUUCUGGAGGGAACAUGACAUCCAUGGGUUCUCAAAGAAGUACUCCCCAGAUGAUUCCUACACCUGGGUUCGUUAACAAUGGUACUAAUAACAACAGUGGCGGAUUUUCUGCUGAGCCAACAGUGGUACCUCAGUCUCAUCAGCAGCAGCAGCAAAGGGAGGAAACUGGUGGUCAAAAUAGUCACAUCUUGUCCAACCAAAUGACUGCUGGACGUAGACCCGGGAUGCAACAAAAGGCAGCUGGUGUGGCCAAUAACUCUGUAAAUGGUGGUGUUGGAGUGAACGAACAAAGUGUAGACAAAGGGGAAGGUUAUAGAACACAAAAUCCUGACACCCUUGGAUCUGGAAAUGGGAUGAUGACAAAUGCUCAGAAUAUCAAUGCAGCAAGUUUCCAGUCUGUGUCCAGAGCUAACUCUUCUCAGUCACAUCAACAGCAACAAUUUCAGCAACAGCCUAAUCAGAUUCAACAGCAGCAGCAGAAAUUUCUCCAGCAGACGGUGCAGCAGCAUAAAUUAAUAAGCAAUGAUGGCUCAGGGAAGCCUCAGGUGUCUUCUGACAUGGAUACGGAUCCUAGAAUGGAGAAAAAUAAUGAAGCGUUGCACUCCCAAGCAUCUGAACGGCUCCCGCUUUCUCAGUUUCAGAAUCAAUACCAGAACCCCGGAGAAGACUGCUAUGCAGACGCUCAGAAUCUGUCAGUUACAAGUCAGAGUGAUAUAUGCACUCCACUUCCUCAAAAUAGCCGACAGGUUCAGCAAAUGCUGACUCCGCAGAAUAUAGGUUCAGAUUCCAAUGGUAUGUCAAGUCAACAGAACGUUCAGGAGGAUCUCCGUCAAAGAAUCACCGGGAUGAAUGAAGCUCAACCUAAUAAUUUGACUGAAGGGUCUGCUGUUGGUCAGAAUCAUACUUCUGCGAACGUAUCCAGUUCCCAUAGUCUGCAGAAUCCUAUUGGAACGAUGCGCAGAACCGAUCCCAAGUUCCGAAAUCAACAGAAAUGGCUCUUGUUUUUACUUCAUGCACGGACCUGCAACCCGCCAGGAGGGAAGUGCACAGACCGGAAUUGCUUUACUGUUCGGAAACUAUGGAGCCACAUGAACAGUUGUGUUGAACCUCAGUGCCUAUAUCCUCGGUGUCCUCAGACAAAGUUACUGAUUAGCCACUAUAAAAACUGCAAGGAUCUUCGGUGCCCUGUCUGUAUGACUGUGAAAACCUACCGUCAGCGACAAGUUAAUCCGUGUGCCCAGACCCGUCUAGAAAACGAAAGCAGCUGGGUGAACAGAGCUGUAGUAUCAAAUGAUUCACUAUGCGCUACUGCUGGAGCGGUUACUGGUUCCCUUGGCUGUGAUGGUACUUUAGAUAAUUUGCAACCUUCAUCAAAACGGUUGAAGGUGGAGCCGUCUUUUCAACCAGUGGCCCCUGAAACUGAAAAUUGUAAAAGCUCCGUUGUUUCCAAAACAGAGACAGAACUAUCUCAGGAUGCUGAAAGAAAGGAUCAUAGGCAGAGCGAUGCAAAUGUGGCAUUGAAGUCAGGGAAGUUGGAAGGGAAAGAAGAAGUUUCUGAUAUUUCUGAAGCUUUUGAAAAUGUUCACAAGCCUAGGCCUUCCAGUGAACCAGGUCAACAUGAUUUGUCUGACGUCUCGCCAAAGCAAGAAACCUUAAAAAUGAAGCAAGAGCCAAAUAAAGAAGAUUUGAUGAAGUCUCCUGAGGAUGCACCAAAAUCUGGAAAACCAAAGAUAAUGGGUGUUGCAUUAACUGAAUUGUUCACUCCCGAACAAGUGAGAGAACAUAUCCGUGGUCUUCGUCAGUGGGUUGGCCAGAGUAAAGCCAAAGCAGAAAAGAAUCAGGCCAUGGAGAAUUCGAUGAGUGCGAAUUCCUGCCAGUUAUGUGCGGUGGAGAAGCUUACAUUCGAGCCAGCACCUAUUUAUUGUACUCCGUGUGGUGCUCGUAUCAAAAGAAACGCAAUGUACUAUACCGUUGGAGGUGGUGAGACUCGUCAUUACUUUUGUAUUCCCUGUUAUAAUGAAUCCCGAGGAGACACUAUACUCGCCGUAGGGACUUCAGUACCAAAGUCAAGGCUGGAGAAAAAGAAAAACGAUGAAGAGACUGAAGAAGCGUGGGUCCAGUGUGAUAAAUGCGAGGCUUGGCAGCAUCAAAUAUGUGCUUUAUUUAAUGGGCGGAGGGAUGAUGGGGGGCAAGCUGAGUACACCUGCCCACAUUGCUAUAUAACAGAGGUGGAGAAAAAUGAGAGGAAGCCCUUACUUCAAAAUGCUGUUCUUGGAGCGAAAGACCUGCCAAAAACGAUUCUCAGUGACCAUAUAGAGCAGCGUUUGUUUAAAAGACUGGAGGAGGAAAGGACUGAGAGAGCCAGGGCUCAAGGAAAAAAUUAUGAUGAGGUUCCAACUGCUGAAUCCCUUGUGGUUAGAGUUGUUCUGUCUGUUGACAAGAAGCUGGAAGUCAAAUCUCGAUUUCUUGAAAUUUUUAGGAAGGAUAAUUUCCCCACAGAGUUUCCAUACAAGUCUAAGGUGGUUCUAUUGUUCCAGAAGAUCGAAGGUGUAGAAGUAUGCUUGUUUGGGAUGUAUGUCCAAGAGUUUGGAUCCGAAUGCUCAUCUCCUAAUGAGCGCCGUGUUUAUCUCUCGUAUCUGGAUUCUGUGAAGUACUUUAGACCUGAGAUUAAAUCUGCUAGUGGAGAGGCUCUGCGCACUUUUGUAUACCAAGAAAUUCUUAUUGGUUACCUGGAAUACUGCAAAUUGCGUGGUUUCACGAGCUGCUAUAUAUGGGCUUGUCCACCGCUGAAGGGUGAGGACUACAUCUUAUAUUGCCAUCCAGAAAUUCAGAAAACGCCAAAGUCUGAUAAACUACGGGAGUGGUACUUGGCAAUGUUGAGAAAAGCUGCAAAGGAAGGGAUUGUAGCGGAAACCACAAAUCUAUAUGACCAUUUUUUCUUGCAAACUGGUGAAUGUAGAGCUAAGGUUACGGCAGCUAGGCUCCCGUAUUUCGAUGGUGACUAUUGGCCAGGUGCAGCAGAGGAUAUCAUACACCAAAUGGGUCAGGAAGAUGAUGGUAGAAAAGGAAAUAAGAAAGGGAUACUCAAGAAACCCAUUACAAAAAGGGCUCUAAAAGCUUGUGGCCAGUCUGAUCUGUCUGGGAAUAUGUCCAAAGAUCUGCUGCUAAUGCAAAAACUUGGUGAGACCAUUCACCCCAUGAAGGAGGACUUUAUCAUGGUUCACUUGCAGCAUUGUUGCAACCAUUGCUGUGCACUGAUGGUAACUGGCAAUCGUUGGGUCUGCAGCCAAUGCAAAGAUUUCCAGUUAUGUGAUGGGUGCUAUGAGGCUGAACAGAGGCGAGAGGACAGAGAAAGGCAUCCUGUUAAUCAAAAGGAUAAACAUACACUGUAUCCUGUUGAGAUCACUGGUAUUCCUGAAGACACCAAGGAUAGAGAUGAGAUACUAGAAAGUGAAUUUUUCGACACAAGGCAAGCCUUCCUGAGUCUUUGUCAAGGGAACCACUAUCAGUACGAUACACUGAGGCGGGCAAAACACUCUUCCAUGAUGGUGCUUUACCAUCUCCACAAUCCAACUGCUCCUGCCUUUGUCUCAACGUGUAACGCAUGCCACCUCGAUAUCGAAACUGGCCAAGGCUGGCGCUGCGAAGUUUGCCCUGACUACGAUGUGUGCAACACUUGUUACCGUAAAGAGGGAUGUAUUAAUCAUCCUCACAAGCUGACGAACCAUCCAUCGCUAGCUGACCAAAAUGCUCAGAACAAAGAAGCUAGGCAGUUGCGAGUCUUGCAGCUCAGGAAAAUGCUCGAUCUUCUUGUGCAUGCGACGCUAUGCCGCCGUGCGACGAAUUGUCAGUAUCCUAACUGCCGCAAAGUGAAGGCGCUGUUCCGGCAUGGUCUAGGUUGCCAGAGACGUGCUUCGGGAGGCUGUGUUCUGUGCAGGAAGAUGUGGUAUCUCUUGCAAAUCCACGCACGGGCCUGCAAGGAAUCGAACUGUGCUGUACCUCGAUGCGGAGACCUAAAGGAACAUCUGAGAAGAUUACAACAGCAAGCAGAUUCACGGCGCAGAGCAGCUGUCAUGGAGAUGAUGAGGCAGAGAACUGCAGAAGUCGCUGGGACCUCGGCUGAUUAAUUUUUGUAUAUACUUAAUUUCAUUUAGGAACAGAAGUGGAAAUAGAUAGAAGAAGGUGGCGUCUCUGAGCUCUACUUGAAGAAGUGAAUAACACCAGCUAGUGAAGA